AUGGACGAUGAAACAGAGCCAAACCAGUCCCUAUACUCUAGAACACUGUCCUUCAUCACAGAAACCGCCCAGACCAUAGUCUCUAAAUCGGCCCAGCGAGCGUAUCUGAACACCGCACUCUUUGCUCUCUCCUCCUUCAUUCUAUUCUGCAUCUCUGUAGUCGCUUAUUGGAUCUUCUACUACAAUUAUGUUCCGCAGAUCGGGCUAGAGCGGCAGGUUCAUUUACAGUUUGGUGACGGCCACCCCCAUGGCACUGCAACAUUAGGCACGGAAUUAAUAUCCGGCCAGCAAUACGAUGUCAGCGUCAUUUUAUACCUUCCGCGGACCCCUUCUAACCUCGCCGCGGGUAACUUCAUGCUUGACCUCAGAUUAUUUUCUACUACAGAUACCCCAAACACAAAUACGUCAAUGAAGGCAGACUUGGUUAGGGGAUCUCGGCGGUUUGCUAUUCUAACAUAUGCAUCACCAAUGGUGGAUACGGCCAGGAGAGUGUCAAAAAUUCCGCUUUACGUGCUUGGGUGGCAGAGGGAAGCGGAGGGCUUGAAGGUUAGCAUGAUGGAGCAGGCGGAGUUUGGAAAGAAGAAAGAGGCGAUGCCCAAGGCAUUGAGGUUGGAGAUUCAGAGUGUGGAGAGAAUGCAGAUUUAUAAUGUUGCUGUGAGGUUUGAUGCCAGGUUUAGUGGGCUACGAUGGAUUAUAUAUAGCUGGAGAAUUCUGUCGUUCUUAAUAUUCAGCUCGACAUUCUGGGUCGUUGCGAUGAUCUGUACGUCCUCUGUGUGGUUGGCUCUAGCUAGCCAGGAGGAAGCAACACCUAUUAAGAGGCCAAAAUUGGAAGAAGAGGAAGAAGACGGAGGCAGCAGCGAUGUCGCCGUCAAAGAGGAUGAAAGCGAAGAAGAGGGGGGAAAUUAUCCAGGACUUGGAUUAGAGCGUGACGGACAACAGAGCAGCGAAGUGGAAACGAUCAAGAAGGAAGAGGAUAUCGAGGAAUCCACGAAGAUUCAGCCCUUUAUCAGAGAAGCCGAAGUCCACGACGAAGCUGAUGCAGAUAUUCCCGCCUCAGGAAGUUCUACGCAAACAGUUGUAGGGGGUAGGGACGCGGAACAAGCCGUCCAGAGACGCAGAAGCCAUCGUUAUAAUAGAAAUGAUAAAUCAUGUGAAAUCUACCAAGACGGACCAAUGUGCCGUCUUAUUUUGAGUACUUUACCUAGUUUUAAACCACCAAUUCUUGUACGCGUCGCCCAACAUUUCCUAUCCCUUUUCACCACCGAAUACAUACUCCGUAAUUUGGCUUCUUCUAGGACAGCAAAGGCCGCCGGGGAUUUCAACCCAGUAGGGUUCUAUGCAAGCAUAUUGACAGAGGUCAACGCAGACACCCCCGCUGCCUCUGUACAAACUCCCUAUCCACUGACAAUGCAUAUUCUUGUUGUCAACGAUGACGGGCCUCCCUCAAACCAGUCAUCGCCAUAUGUACAUUCGCUAGUCCACACUCUCCAAUCCUCCGGCCACAUCGUCUCCGUGGUACUCCCGCACAGGCAACGGUCAUGGAUCGGCAAAGCUCACCUCGUAGGAGAUACCGUCAAACCCACCUACUUUCGCCCAGGUACCCUGCACAAGGAUGACGGCACAAUCCAUCACCUACCCCUGGGCGCGGAGGGGGAGCCCGAUAGCCCCGAUCCAAACUGCGACGAGUGGAUCCUCAUUGACUCCACGCCCGCCAGUUGCGUUCAGAUCGGACUGUUCCACUACUUCAAAGACCGCGGGCCCAUCGACCUGGUCAUUUCUGGCCCCAACUACGGGAGGAAUACAACUGCCGUCUUCGCGCUAUCGAGCGGGACUAUUGGCGGUGCCAUGGAGGCUGCUAUGUGCGGUCUCAAGGCUAUUGCGCUCUCGUUCGCCUUCAGCUCGCGCGACCAUGAUCCCAUCGUCAUCGCGGAGGCGUCACGGCAUUCUGUUCGUUUGAUUGGCUAUGUGUACGAGAAUUGGGGGGAGGAUGUUGAUUUGUAUAGUAUCAAUGUGCCCCUGGAGCCCGGGGUUAGCGAGGGCAAGGUCCUGUAUACGGAUAUUUUGCAGAAUCGCUGGACGUCUGGGAGCUGUUUUGAGGCUCUUGAUGCGGAGGAGAGUGGGGAGGGUCCAGAUUUGCAGGAGCAGAAGCUGCGGCAAGCUGGGGAAUUAGAUGCGGGGACUAAGAAAGGGAAAGCAGCGGGAGCGUCGUCUGGGACAGGGACGACAACGCCACGAUAUCGACAUAUGCAUUUCAAGUGGGCGCCCAAGUUUGCGGAUGUCUAUAAGAGUGUAGAACUUAGUCCUCCAGGGAAUGAUGGAUGGGCUGUUAAGGAGGGGAUCACUAGUGUUACCCCCUUGAGAGCAAAUUUCAUGCACUCACCGGGAUAUACAGGUGAAAUCCAGUUGUUCGUCAAAAAGCCGAUAUUCUACGCUCUCGUAGAAUGUCAGGACUCGUAUGUGCAGCCCCUUGUGAUCCAAGCGUUUCGAAAACGACUACCCGGAAACUCUUACGAGUCGAUAUUUUCCCUUUGUGAACUUCCCGACCCGUCAUCCCCCUUGCUACAGUACAGAGUAUAUGAAUUAUGCGACUUUGAACACGUCCUACGCCAUCCUAAAACAUCAUUGGUAAACUCCUAUGUCAUUCGCAAAGCUUUGAUUCGAAAACACUACCUCUCAAACAUCAUUACGAACUGGGUGGCGAAGCAUCCAGACAGCAUCUUGAAAACACACUUUAAACAAGCGGUGUGCUUUGAGUUGGAUUACGCAGAAUUUCUCGACGAGGCAUUGGCAGAGGCCUAUGAACUACAGGAGAGCUUUGAAGCCAAUGAGGGAAAAGCGGAGGAGGAGAAGGAGUGGUGGAUUUUAAAGCCGGGGAUGGGUGAUCGCGGCCGGGGCAUUCGCUUGUUCAACAGCGAAUCAAGCCUGCGGGCGAUAUUUGAGGAGUGGGAAGAGGACCAGUCCGAUUCCGACCAUGACGAGGAUAGCGACAACAGCCACGUCCACGCCAAUGAAGGAACGUAUGGUCACAAAUAUAAUGAUGAUGCUGACGACGAUAAUGAUAACAACGGGGUCAUCACAUCUCAGCUGCGCCAUUUCAUUGCACAGCCGUACAUCCACCCGCCUCUCUUGCUGCCAUCGGAGUCCAAUCGGAAGUUCCACAUCCGCACCUAUGUCCUGGCUGUUGGCUCCCUGCAAGUUUAUGUGUACAGGGAAAUGCUCGCGCUAUUCGCUGAAAGGCCAUACCUACCCCCCUGGCACAGAGGCGCAGACAUCACCGAGGAGCUCACCCGCCACCUGACGAAUACGUGUCUGCAAACAGAUAGGAACGGUGUGCCCAAACGGAAUGCGGUCCGGCGAUUCUGGGCUCUUGGUGAUGCCGUUAUCCCGUUCUGCUCCUCGGCAGCGGGGGGUUCGGGCUCCAACAGUGCCCGUUGGAAGGAGAACGUAUACGAGCAAGUUUGUGCUGUGACAGGCGAGGUAUUUGAAGCUGCUGCGCGGGGGAUGCCGGUGCAUUUUCAAACGCUAACGAAUGCCUUUGAGCUGUUUGGGGUGGACUUUUUGGUUGACGAACAUGGCAAGGUGUGGCUGCUGGAGCUGAAUGCGUUCCCGGACUUCCAACAGACGGGUGACGAGCUGAAGGGGGAUGUGGUGGGAAGGCUAUUUGAAGGGGUGGUGGAGGUUGCUGUGAAGCCAUUUUUUGGGAUUGAUGGAGGGACUGGAGAAGCUAGGAUAGGGGGGGAGAAAUUCGGAUUGAGGCUCGUUCGGGAUCUUAAGAUGGGUGUGAAAGGGUGA